AUGCAAAAAUUAGGAAAGGAAAGGAUAUACCAUAACGUGGCAGGAGUGCACAGCCUUCAUGAACACUCGAAUGAUAAUGGUUCAAGACUAGCGAAUUUUGCAUUAGGAAAAGGUUUAAUAAUCAAGAGUACAAUGUUCCCAUGCAAAGAUAUAUAUAAAUAUACUUGGGUGUCACCGGAUGGGAGGCACAAGAACCAGAUAGAUCAUGUACUGAUCAAUAAUAGGUUCAGAAAUAGUAUAACUAAUGUAAGAACAUUAAGAGGAGCCGAUGCAGACUCCGACCAUCUUCUAGUAGGUAUUUGGAUAAGAGUUAAGUUCAAGAAACAAUACAUACACAAAUUAAAUACUAUAGAUAGAUACGAUAUUGAGAAAUUAGAGGAAGUUAAUAUACAGAAAGAUUAUAGCAGAAGAAUCUGCGAAACUCUUAAAGUACAACAAACAACAAAUACAAACGAUGUGAAUGAUGUGUGGAUCAAAAUUAGAAAUUCUGUGCAACAAACUGCAAAAAUAACAAUAGGAAUAAAGAAAAAGAAGAAAAAACCCUGGUUUAACAAAAUAUGUGAAGACGCAGUACAGAGGAGAAAGAUAUCCCGAGAGGAAUGGCUGAAAGACACAUACAAUGAAGAGAGGACUGCAGAGUUCAGUAGACGAAGGAAAGAAGCUCACAAUAUAAUAAGAUGCGAAAAAAGGAAAUAUUUCCAAAACAUUAUGAAAGAUGCAGAACAGGACUUUAGGCUGAAUAGAACCCGGGAUAUGUAUAAGGACAUAAAAGGAGAUUUUAAAAAGAAAUAA